UCUUCCUAUGCAGUUUGUAGGAAAUGCAUCUAUGAGAAAAUCACAGAAGACGAGAUAGAGUGCUGUCCAGUGUGCAAUAUCGACCUUGGUGGCACCCCAUUGGACAAGCUUAGGCCUGACCACAAUUUACAAGACCUGAGAGCCAAAAUCUUUCCUCUAAAAGGAAGAAAAGUGAAAGCUCCAGAGCCAGCAAGAAAGAAGGAGAGGUCUAUGUCUUAUUUGGUUGAUGUAACCGAAACCAAGGCGUCAGACCAAGCUGGAAGAAGAAGAACUAAAACGGUCACGAGCAAAGAGUUAUUACGAGACAGUGCUUCAUUGGCCGAGAAGGAAGAAGAAUCUCUUCUUAAGGGUCAACUUCUGGAGAGCACAAGCUCACCCAACAAAUCCACUCAGAAUAAAAAGGAUAGUGAUGAGCCUUGGGAUCCCGAAUCUUAUUGGAAAGCUUUGAAUUUUCUGGUUGAAGUGGCGAACAGGACACAGACCUUGAAGUCUUCUUGUGCUUCUCAAGGGCCAGGUUCGAAAUCUGAGCAGGCUAGUUCAUCAUCUCACAAACAAAUUCAACCCAGAGUUAAGGACCACAAGAGCAGAUAUAAACGUGAGUAUGAAAAGAGUGCAAAACAGGAGAUGGGGAAUGGUCCUGUUUGGUUCUCACUUAUGACGUCCAGUGAUCAGUGAGAUUCAUCCUCCCAUAUCUAAACUUUUUCUUUCUCUUCUUCUUUUGUUGUCUAUAUCUUGUUGUUAUGUUGACAAGGCUUUGAUGAUUUCAGGGAAGGAAAAACAUCUUUGCUUAAAAUUGUGGAACGGUCAAAUAGGAUCCAAAAUUAAAAAUAAAAAUGAAAUCAAGAUUUCUUUUGAAAAUAAAUAUAUAAAUUAUAGUUUAAACUUUGAAAUUUAAAUAUAUUAUUAAAUUUAGAAUUUAGAAUUUUAGAAAAAGUCAAAUAUAUAUAUAUAGUUAUAAAUUUUUAAAACUACUUUAAUAUAUUGUUAAAUAUACCGUUAAUAUGUUUUUGAACAAGAUCCAUAUAUAAUUUGAGACGACACUGUAAACCUCUCUGUUACUACAGUUGCAUGAAAUUAUUUUGGUCUACCUCCCGUUUAUACAAAGUUUGUAAGAUCCAAUAUAAUUUCAUGUUGGAUCUUAAUUAAUUGAAAUUGGAGUUAGACCAAGUUUCAUGCAACUUUGUGUUACGAAGAAGAUUGUGUUAAUAAAGUUGCAUGAAAUUGCAACUUCAUGGCUAAAUAAAAUUGAUAGCACAACAAAAAAAGGGGAAAACAACACGGGUUUAUUUAGGAAAUAACAAAAAAAAAGAGAAAUUAGAUUUUUAGAGAGAGAGAAGAGAGAGAUAGGAAGAGAAAAGAGGAGAGAGGGUGGGAUUUUAGUUAGAUAGUGAAUUUUGUUUUUUUUCUUAGUUAUUGGGUGCAAUUUCUCAAACAACUAAGGAAUGUUGAUUUGUAUUAGUUUUAUUUUUAACAUAUGCACUAGGUGAUACCCGCACCCUGCGCGGGGUGAGUGACCGAAAACAGUUUUUUUUUUUAAUUUUAAAAUUGUGCAUGUAUGUAUAAUGUAAACUUAAUUGUUUUUUUAUGGUUGUGUAAUUGAUUUAUUUGUAAAUUAGAAAUAUUAUAAGGAAAAAAAUGUAUAAUAGUGUGCAAUAACUUAUAAUUAUUUAUUAUGAAUUUAAGACAAAACAAAUCAUAAGAAAGUUAAUGACUCUUUCGAUAUUUCAGUAAUCAAAUUGAUACUCAAUAUACUAUUUGCCUACUUGUAUAGCAAUGCGAUAUGUUUUUACGUAAAAUAGGCAACAAUAUGAAGAUCCAAUCACACAAAUUUCAUGUAAAAAUUCUUCCGGUACAAAAUUUAUUAUAAGUCAGAGAUGGACAAUCAUGUUUUCAUAAUAACUUUUGCGUGGUGAAACCGUAUUCGAAUAACAACGAUGAAAUAUCCGUUAAAUCACUUCUAUAGAAAACUACUCUUUUCACGUAUAUUUUGUUGCCAUUAUCACGCUAACAUUGC